AAAGCACAGAGAGAGAGAGAGAGAGAGAAGAGGGGGAGAGAGAGAGAGAGAGAGCGAGGGAGCAGGAAGAAGGGAGGAGGAGGAUCUUCUUCAAUCUAGGGUUAGGGCCAUCCCUAAUCUGGAUUCAGUCCAUCCUUUGUUAGAUUCCUGAAGUCGGGGGAAAUCGAGAUGGGCGCCAAUUCGAUGUCGCCGGACGCGAGCACCGAUCUCGAUGAGCAGAUCUCGCAGCUGAUGCAGUGCAAGCCGCUCUCGGAGCUUCAGGUUAGAGCUUUAUGUGAGAAAGCCAAGGAGAUCUUAAUGGAAGAGAGCAAUGUUCAGCCUGUGAAAAGCCCUGUAACAAUUUGUGGAGACAUUCAUGGGCAAUUUCAUGAUCUUGUGGAGCUUUUUAAAAUUGGAGGAAAGUGCCCAGAUACCAAUUACUUGUUUAUGGGCGAUUAUGUGGAUCGUGGUUAUUAUUCUGUCGAAACUGUGACGCUCUUAGUGGCAUUGAAAGUGCGUUACCCUCAGCGAAUUACUAUUUUAAGAGGAAAUCACGAAAGUCGUCAGAUCACCCAAGUUUAUGGUUUCUAUGAUGAAUGCCUAAGGAAGUAUGGAAAUGCUAAUGUCUGGAAAAUAUUCACAGAUCUUUUUGACUAUUUCCCAUUAACAGCCUUGGUUGAGUCGGAAAUAUUUUGCCUUCAUGGUGGAUUGUCUCCUUCGAUUGAAACACUCGAUAGCAUCAGAAAUUUCGACCGAGUUCAAGAGGUACCCCAUGAGGGGCCCAUGUGUGACCUUCUAUGGUCUGACCCAGACGAUCGUUGCGGUUGGGGCAUUUCACCUCGUGGAGCUGGCUAUACUUUUGGCCAGGAUAUAUCUGAGCAAUUCAAUCACACAAAUAACUUAAAAUUGAUCGCUAGAGCCCAUCAGCUGGUCAUGGACGGAUUCAAUUGGGCACAUGAGCAAAAGGUGGUUACCAUCUUCAGUGCGCCUAACUAUUGUUACCGCUGUGGGAACAUGGCUUCCAUUCUAGAAGUUGAUGACUUCAAGGGACAAACAUUCAUUCAGUUCGAGCCAGCUCCUCGGAGGGGAGAGCCAGAUGUUACCCGAAGAACUCCCGAUUACUUCCUCUGAAGAGGCUGCCGAUUGUUAUGAACAGAUUUUUGACUAUCUCGUCGUCCACUCUCAUCAUGUCCAGACCUUGGCAAGAGACAUGCCCCCAUCAAAUCCCAAGUUCCAUUUCCCGCUCGUGUUUGUGGUUGCCAAUUUAGAAAGCAUGUAUAAUAGUCUCCUCCAGACGUUUGCUUUAAUUAAUGAGGACCCUUUUCCCUACUACUUGAGUGUAUUGAGUUCAGCAAGCAAUGGCAUGUGGAAAAAAUAUGUGAUGUAUUUCUUCCUAUUUUUGCUUUCAUAUUUGCCCUUCCUCUUCCUAGAUUAUUGUAACAGAACAAACAUGGUUUUUUUUUUUCUCCUUACGCGUAUAGUGAACGCUUCACGAAAUUUUAUUGUUCAUCCUUGGCCCUGUGAUUGAUUU